GUUGCUCUUCGGCAUAUAAGAAGGCGUUUCUUUUAGUAGAUGCGCACUUACAGGCACUGACAUUUUAGUGUAAGACUCACGAGUGGAUAUAUGGAAGUGCCUGCACGUUUCCUCCGCUAACAUUUUCUAAUUGUGCAAUUUGAAUGCCUUGAGAGGAUACCUUCAUAACCUUAAUUUAAAGACAAUUAGAAGAUGGCUAACAAGGCAGAGUCCACAAUGAGCACUACCACUAGUGAGAGUGUGUCCCACAGUGUGCUGAGCUGGGACCAGGUGAGCCGUCUCAAUGAGGUCCUGACAGCAGUGGUGCCGGUCCAUGGCCGAGGUAACUUCCCAACCCUGGAGGUGCGGCUGAAAGACAUUGUUCAGAUGGUGCGCACCCGUCUGGAGUUAAGGGGAAUUAAAGUGAAAGAUGUUCGUCUGAACGGCUCUACAGCCAGCCACGUGCUGGUGCAGGACAUUGGCUGGAGCUACAAGGACCUGGACAUCAUCUUCAGGGUGGACCUGCCCCAGGAGUCAGGGUUCCAGUUGGUCAAAGAUGUGGUGCUGGGCACUCUGCUGGACUUCCUCCCUGAGGGGGUGAACAAGGAGAAGAUCACUCCCAUGACCCUAAAGGAGGUCUAUGUUCAGAAGCUGGUCAAGGUGUAUACAGAGCAGGACCGCUGGAGCCUCAUCUCCCUCUCCAACAACAACGGGCGCAACGUGGAGCUGAAGUUUGUGGACUCUAUCCGCCGGCAGUUUGAGUUCAGUGUGGACUCAUUCCAGAUCGUGCUGGACUCGCUGCUCUCCUUUUACGACUUCUCGCCAGAGAACCCUAUGUCUAGCCACUUCCACCCCACCGUGGUGGGUGAGAGCGUGUAUGGAGACUUUGGCGCGUCUCUGGACCACCUCAUGAACAAACUGAUCGCCACCAAGCGGCCGGAGGAGAUCCGUGGCGGCGGCCUUCUCAAGUACUGCAACCUACUGGUAAGAGACUUCCGGCCCACCUCGGAGGAGGAGUUCAAGGGCCUGGAGCGUUAUAUGUGCUCCCGCUUCUUCAUCGACUUCCCCGACAUUGGUGAGCAGCAACGGAAGCUGGAGGCCUACCUGCAGAGCCACUUUGUGGGUGAGGAGAAGAGCAAGUAUGACUACCUCAUGAUCCUGCGGCGCGUGGUCAACGAGAGCACGGUGUGCCUCAUGGGUCACGAGAGGCGGCAGACCCUCAACCUCAUCUCGCUGACGGCCUUCAGGGUGCUGGCUGAGCAGAACGCCAUCCCAGACGCCUCCAGUGUCACCUGCUACUACCAGCCGGCGCCCUACGUCCGAGACCACAACUUCAGCAACUACUACGUUGCCUCGUGUAACCAGAAUAUUCCAACAUGGCUGCCAUGUAACUGAGAGACCCAUAUAACACGAAGAAUGCUGCUUUGAGAAAGGAGAAAAAAGUCAGAUGUGCCAAAAAAAUAGAAAUUAGGCCAUAACUGGCAUUUCGCUCUGUAGUCAUAAAGGAUAUAUUUAAAUGGCCAAGUGUUUUGAUUUUGGUCUCCUUUCUCAUUCCUUAUCUACAGAGGUGUCAAGAUCAUUGGAUCCAAAGUGAUAUUUUUUUGCCUUUUCUCAGAUUGUAAUGUUUUUGUUUGUUUCCCUUAAUGAGAAGAUUGGUUUCAAAUUAACGUCCUGAUUCAAGAAUGAGUUCUACUUGGUGCCCACAUGUUAAGUGUAUUUGGUCCAUCUUCAAAGAAAGGGAAACAAAUAUUUAGAAGUUUAUUUGGGUUUUGCUCCUGUGUGUAUUGAAGAAAGAAAAAACGCAGAAAAUUGUUGUU